CCCCCCCCCCCUUGUUUAUAACUUUUUCCUUUUCAAAAAAAAAUUCCCCCCCCCAGCCCCAACCCCUGUCCCUGUUGUUUGCAGGCGCGGUUCCCCGCUCGGGUUUCAGAAGAUGAAGUGGGCAGAGAUUGCGGUGCGAGUUUCGCUGUUGGUGCUACUCUCUGGAGUUUGUGAGGGGCAGACAGCAGAAUGUACGCAGUUGGAGACAUGUGAAAGUUGUAUCACUGGUGAUACUUCUCUGAACCUAACAGACUGCGUUUGGGCACAAUGUAAGUCAGAAAUCUUUUGUGUUGAAAAGACAUCUGAAAAUCUCACGGCCUGCACUAUACACGACGAAGUUUCAAUGUGUGAAGCUAUGUCUUUUCUUGCCACUACUCCUGUUUUCAACACCACUAGCACUGUGACUAUUUCUGCUACUACAGUUGCGACUACUGCUAAAGAAGCUUUGUCCACUGCUGCAGAAUCCGAUACUACCACAGAGAUUCCAACGACGACUCCUGUGUAUUCACCCUCCAGCUUUGACCCAGCCAGUUUCAUCGGAGGGAUUGUCUUAGUUCUGGGAGCUGAGGCAGCGUUUUUCUUUGCAGUCAAGUUCUUCAAAGCACGAGAUGGAACCUACCAAACUCUGAUAUAAUCACCAGGAUGGAAGAACUGGCUUUGAAGUGGCCAAAAAAAUCUGCUCGUUUCCCAGCAAACAUUAUUAAAUGACGCUGUCUUCACUAAUGCCACAUUUACAUUGCAUUUUAGUGGAGGAAAUUUAAGAUUCUGUUUGCCUUUGGUGUGGUGGAUUGAAUUGGCUGCAAAAGCUAGAGUGCAUCCAGGAGUAAUGGUUUGUGCUAUGACCCUCAAUAGCACUGUAUUCAGAUGAUAUUAUAUUAGGAGAUUUAGUGAAAAGAUCUGGUUAAUAGUUUGGUGCUUUUAUGGACCAGACUACACAAAGUGGCAUGUUCUUUUUUUUUUCCAAUAAAAGAUCUUUAUGCAGACCCUUUGCUUUUGAGUUUUUUAAAGAUCUAAAUGUGUAAAUGUUUAAUUUUAGAUUUGAGGCUAAAUAUCACUUGUACUGGCUUCUGAAAACUUGCAUAAAGUUCUGAGAACAGAGUGAAACUAACAGACCAAUAUAAUUCUCAAAAUUUAAGAAUCAACAUAUUUAAAAGCUAUUUGGAAGACUGAAAUUUAUGUACCAUACUCCUAUAUGCCAGCCAGUACACAUGCAGUAUAUUCACAAUGGGACCUCCUGCUGUUCUGUUAUGUAUUUGUUUGGUUUAUCCAUUUUUUAAAUUUGUGGUGAAAUUGCUGAUUUUUUUUUUUCAAUUCCCAACCCCUUUCCCUGAUGAUCAUCAGAAGAUUUUCAUUCUGCUCUCAAAACCUCAAAUCAAAUUGCACUUUUUCUGCUUUUACUGCAAACUGGUUCUGCUGAAGUUGUGAUGCACUUAAUGUUUAAAUUCCCAAAUCUACCUAAAUGUGAACCAAAACUACCUCCAAUUGCUAUUCCAUUUAUGAAUAUUGUGACCAAGUGUGACCAUCUUUUUUUUGAUGUAGAAUUGGCAAAACAGUGCUGUAAUUGGACAGGAAUGUAGGUCAAAUUGUUCACGGACCGAUCUAAAGAUUAACGGGAUGUUUAAUCUGGACUGCACAGCACCACCAUACUGACAUGAUUGGUUUUUCUUUAACUCUGCAUGGUAGGAUCGAGACUUAAAAAGUUGAGUUGAAAAUUGAGACUUUAAUUGUAACAUGUAAUUCAUCUGUAUUGGAUUGCAUUUUUCUUUUAAGUAGCUUAAAACAAAAGUCCUUUGCAGUGUGAUGGUACUUUUGAUGUGUUGCAAGAUGCUGGAAGCUUCCUUUUUCAGUUCAGUUGUGCUUAGUUACUGAAAGUGGAUUUUUGUUUUGUGAAUUUUGCUGUUUUAGAUUCAUUAAAGAUGUAUCUAAAAGCCAUGA